AUUCUCAUCCCGAGCUACAAUCUACAAGUCCCAAACUUUGCCCAUCACUUUGCUGGAUGGUCUACUCGAGAAUCAUUCGCCAUUGGGAAGAUGUGGAGGCCUUGCCCAUCACUGCUUGUUGGCUUCUAUCCACCCCGUAUAAUAAAACUACUAAAACCGUUCGUUGACCCGCUAGUAGUUAUUGCCGCAGCCCACUCCUUGAAGUUGGUCGCUAAUCUGCGCACCAUGCUUCCCCCUCUGUUGCGCCACACCUCCAUUGCUAAUGCGCAAUCCCGGAAGAUGUGGAGGCCUUGCUUCUUAUUCGAUAUGUCACA